AUGUCAUUUAUACCUGUAUUCGGUGAUGGAUAUGUCGUAAUUCCACCGGGUCAAGAUUAUCCCUCAAGAGUUCAAACAAGUAGGAAAACAAAAAACACAGCAAGAAGGAGAAGAAACAAUCCAAAUCAACAACAAAAUAAUGGGAAUGAUAAUAUACAACAAAACGGGAAUGAUAAUAGACAACAAAAUAAUGGAAAAGACAAUAGACAACAAAAUAAUAAUAAAAAUAAUAAAAAAUCAAAUACUCUUUCACCUUUAAAUUUAAAAGUUGAUGAUAUAAUCCAAGCUUCAAAUUUAUUAAAAAAAUCUUAUCAAACUCCUAAAAUAACAGAAUUAAAUGAUUUAAAAAUAUAUGAAUUAUUAAUUAAAACUGUUGAAAAUUAUCAACUUAAUUAUGAUCAUAUAAUAAAACAAAAUCCAAGAAUGACAAAUAAAAAAAUAAGAAAUGAAUUUUAUGAAGAUUUAAAAUUAAUAUAUGGUAAACAAUCAAUAUUAUUUUCUUUAGAUAUUGAAGCAUGGGAAUUAAAUACAAAUGAAAUUACAGAAAUUGGUAUAUCAAUUUAUGAUCCAAGAUUUUCUUCUAUAACAACUACUGCUCAUAUUCAUAAUUAUCAUAUUAAAAUUAAAGAUCAUAUACAUAGAAAUAAUGGAAGGUAUGUACCAAAUCAUUCUGAUAAUUUUGUUGGUGGAGAAACUUUAAUAAUGAGUAAAUAUAAUGCAGGAAUAUUAUGUCAAGCUUUAAUAUCAUAUUUUUUUGAUCAUGGUAUUAUAAAUAAUGGAAUGCCAAGUUAUUUAGUUGGACAUGAUUUAAAAGGUGAUAUAAAAUGGUUAAAUCAAUUAGGUGUUAAAUUACCAAAAAUUUAUAAAACUAUAGAUACAUCAUUUUAUACAAAAAUUUCAAAAGGUGGAAAAAAUCCUCAUUCUUUAAAAACAAGUUUAAAAUUAUUAAAUAUUCCUCAUAGUUUUUUACAUAAUGCUGGUAAUGAUGCUUAUUAUACUUUAUUAGUAGCAUUAAAAUUUAUGGAUCCAUUUUAUAGAAUUUCAUUAAAUUUAGAUAUUUGUUUAGAUGCAACUCCCGUAUUGAGUGCUGAAGAAAUUGCAGAAAAAAAAGCAGAAAAAAAUAGAGCAAGAGCAGCAGCUAGACAAAGAGCUAAAGUAAACCAGGGACCUAAAGAACCUGAAACUGAAGAAGAAAAAGCUGCUAAAGUUAGAGAAGAAAUUGAAAAAAAAAAUGAAAUUUUAAAAGCAAGAAUUGAAAGAAAUCAAAAACGUAAAGAAGAAAUUUUAAAUAGUAAUGUUGCAACGAAGCAAAAUAUAAAUUCAGCAUUAGAAGCACUUAGAGUAAUGUUUGAUGAAACAAAUCAACAAAUUGAAUUGAUGGUUUUUACAAAAAAUAACAAUAAUUCAUUAAAUGAUGAUAUUUAUAAACAUUAUGAUUAUAGUACAGAUGAGUAUGGGCAUACUUAUGAUUACAAUUAUAAAUCAGAUACAGAUUCAAAUACUGAAGAUGAAGCUUAUUUCAAGAAUCAUUCAAUUUCACCUCCUUCUAUAAAAUUAGGAUUUUUUAAAAAAUGA